GCAUGUGGUGACCUCAGCCAUUGGACUGUUCUUGGAUCCUCUCUGAUUAAUGCUCCUCGGAUAGAUAAUAUUUCAUUCAUAAUAGAAGCGGCAGAGAACAGAGUGGAAUAUCCUUCUUCUGCAACAAAUAAGCAAGUGCUGAAGUGGUCUGACUACUGUUUCCCACUGGCCUUCAGCCCUGGCCAGCCAUUCAAGGCAGUGGCACAGACCAGUGUAGAUAACUUCAGCCGCCUGGGGAUAGCAUUUAUUGAAGAUCGCCUUCAGCUGGACAGUGGACUCGUGCCUUCAAAAAUAGUCCCUGUUCUUCUCCAAGAAAAUACUCUGAGUAAAGCAUUGGAAAGACAGUGUCUGCAGAGCUCAAAGACUGUGGGGACAUUCUCCCUUCCACCCACUCAUCCUGAAGAGGUUGUCUCCGAGUCGUUCUCUCAGCUGCUGCCCUCUGACCAGCAGUACCUACAGUGGCGAAAAGGUAGUCUUCUUAUAUCCCCAGAGGUAAAGAGGAGGUUGGAGCAGCGUCGGGGAUCAGAGCCACUUCCCAGCUCUCAAAUUGUUCAUUUGGAAAACCAUCAUCACCAUAUGGAGGGCCAUGGGCAUCACCUUCAUCUUUCCAGCUGCCAUGAAUGUUUAGAACUGGAGAACAGCACCAUUUUCUCUGUCAAAUAUGCCUCAGCUGAGAACAUUCCGGAUCUACCUGACGAUAAUUCUGCAGGAGUGGAUAAUAUGGAUGAGUGUCUGGGUGAACUGGAACAUGAUUCCAAAGGUUUUUUUGGUCAAAGUGGUAGAUGUGCAAAAGUACCAAAUAUUCUUGUGUACACAGGUGGAUGCCAAGAACGUUUUCAAGCAAUUUCUCAGCUUUUGUUGGAGUGUAUAAAUGUGGAAAGUAAUAUAAUUUAUCCCCUCAUGCAAGAACAGGCUCUAAGUGAUCCAUGGCUGGACAACACCAAGCUCCUAGUUCUGGCUGAAGUGGAAUCCUUGACUGCAGAGCUUCAGAGCCGCUUCCUUACUUACUUAAGCAAAGGUGGAAAGGUAUUGGGGCUAGGCUCCACUUUGUGCCCCGCAGGUCUCCAUCUGGAAGUCAGGGACAGACAAUACCUGCAGUGCAGACGAUUGAUUUUCACCAGAGAAGACAGCACAGAACUGGAAGCAAUGACUUUAACGAGUGGAAAUGUCUACAUUAGGGAUCCCCAGGGAGGAGGAGAAGUGGAACUUUGGGGGGAGUUGAAAAGUGACACCCCCAGUCAGAAGGAUAUGGUUAUUGUUAGACUAACUCAUGGAUCAGACGGCGGUGAAGCUGUCCUCUGUCAGGUUCAUUUUGACAUUCCAUCAUACUCAAAAAAAACGGAUUCAAAAGAUUUUGAUGAGCUGAAGAUCAGCAAUGCACUGCGAUAUGAAAUUUUGACAGAGAUCCUUAAGUCUUUGGGUGUCAGCUGUGAACCAAGCCAGACUCCUGCCCCAAGUCCUGUGUACCUGUUGGCCACGUCUCAGGAGGCCAAAGCAAGUUUCCUGAAGUUACUACAGUUGCGGGAAGAUGAAGGUGCCAUCAUUCGUUUCCCCAAAUUCUCCUUCAGGGUAAUGUCUAGGCCUGAACCACAUGAAGGUUCUUUGUUGCCCAAGGACUGCCUGCCUUUGGUCACAGAACCCCAGGAUGUGACUCAAUUUAAUAUGGAGACCUACAGCAACAAUCUGAAGACCAACCAUUUGGGGAACACCGUGCUCUAUGCUGAGGUUGCCACUACUACGAUGAACCUGCUGGAAGGGUUGGUGCUGCACCUACCAAAGGAAAUUGGUGUUGUAUCAGUAGCCGCUCGGCAAACACAGGGAAGAGGUCGAGGAAGAAAUGCUUGGCUCAGCCCACUAGGCUGUGCAAUGUUCACAAUUGGGGUCCAAGUUGAGCUAAACUCCAGGCUUGGUCAAAGAAUUCCUUUCCUGCAACAUUUGGCUGCCUUAGCCAUUGUGGAAGCCAUUCGCACACUUCCUGGAUAUCAGGACAUAGACCUGAGAGUGAAGUGGCCCAAUGAUGUGUACUACAGUAACCUGAUGAAGCUAGGGGGAGUUCUGGUGACAUCAACUGUAGUAGGAUCAACUUUUCAUCUGCUAAUUGGAUGUGGGAUUAAUGUGACAAACAGCAACCCAACAGUGUGCAUUAAUGACCUAAUCCAUCAGUACAACAAACAGAAUAACUGCUCCCUGGAGCCUCUCAGCUGCUCCCAGCUCAUCGCUCUCACGCUCAAUUGCCUCGAAGCUCUCAUCACCAGCUUUCAGCAAGGAGGCCUAGAUGCUUUUCUGCCUACUUACUAUAAAAGAUGGCUUCACAGUGGGACUCGAGUGCGUCUGUGGAGCGAGGAAGGACCAGAAGUUCAGGUGGUGGGUCUUGACAAUAACGGCUUCUUGCAAGUGUACAGCAAGGAGGAAGGAAUAAUCUCUUUGGAGCCUGACGGAAACUCCUUUGACAUGUUGAAGAACUUGGUGGUCAUCAAGCAGCGCUAGAACAAGCUCUGUUUUUACCAAGAACAGUCUCUUGACUUCAGUCUGAAGCAACAAACAUUAUCCAGUGUAACAGAAAACUUGCCACAAUUAACUAACAGAUUUUUUUAGGCAUCUUACAAAAUCCAUAUAUGCUCAAGUUGUAUAAUGAAUUGGCUAAGCCUUAUUUUAAUUGCUUCAUGUUUUGAAGGAUUACUUUGUAAACUGUUUUUGUUUUAAAGUGACCAAAAAUAGUUGGACCAUAAUCUGAAUCUUUUUUUAUGGGUAAAUGUAGUGGUGUUAUUUUUUUUUAGUAUUUCCUCUGUUGGUUGGCUGAGGCCUGUAGAAACAAACCAGCUCCAUGACACAGAGCAAAACACUUCAAAAGGUUGGAUUGUGAUAAACCUAAAAAUAGUGGAAGUGUUUGAGAACCACAGUGGUUGUACAAUUGCUCCAUCUUUUCCAUUAAGUGGAAAAAAAGCCUUUUAAGUAAAUAUUUUGUUCUCUUGUCUCCACAUAUAUAAAUAUCUAUCAUCAUUCUUCACGUAAUAGUAAAGUGUUUUUAUAUAAAUGUUUUUUGUUUUUUUUGUCAAAUUGAAUGUGUAGAUCUGAGAAGUGAAAAUGUUUUUUUUUUCAUGAUAAAUGCUAACAAUGUAAACUGUAACUGACACAAAAUAGAGCUUUUGAAAAUGCUGAAAUAGCUGUUGUACUCAAAAACUAGAUGUUUGCUCGGUUGAAUGCACCACAGACAUAUGCAGACAAUUGGCAGCUUUGUUGAACAUUCUUGUAAGUGACACAACAAAAUCAAACUGCUGCUUUCACUUGAUAUAACCAGAUCCACCAGAAUGAAACAGGGAAAGGUUGCUAAACAUUUAUUUUAAGUGAAACGGUUGCUAUCGCUUAAAGAAAGUUGACUUACCUUUACAGGAACACGAAGUUUUAAACGACAUGCUCCACAUCCCUUGUAAAGACUAGGAAAAAAGGCUUCGUUCAAAUAUUGCUUUUGGUGUCAUAGUGAUCCUAAAGAUGCCACUUUUUGCUGCUGUCCUCUGACGGUGAGCAGCGGAUACUUCUUUUGCUCUUACUUAACAUCCUGCUUUCUGUUUGCAGUGACAAAGAUUCCAAGUAAGCUUGGGGCUACAUCCAGUCUUGCUAGUCACAUUUCCAGUUGUUCUGCUCUUUUUAAGUAUUACGCUAAAUAUAGAUGGGUCAUCUGGUAAGCUGGUCUCUUGUAGUAAUUUCUUGUUGUGUGAUUAUCAGCACACAUCUGCCAGUGAGGAUUUUGCCAGUUUAAAGUCUUUUAACAGAAAUUAGCCAUUUUAUUCUUUAUUAUAUUUAUACAGGAAGUAAUUGCUGGUCAAAAGAUUUAGACACUUAAUUCCAUUUUCUAAACAUAAAUAACUGCCGUCAUAUGUACCUCACUGUCAUUUUGGUUGCCCUGAAUGUCUGCAGCAGUGAUGGGACACCGUUAUGUUUCAAACCUUUAAUUUUACCUGGUAUUUUUCAACCCCCAAAUGUGACUUGGGUCUAAAUUCUGGGAGAAACAUUGUGCCCUUCUCUGAAACACCUCUUAUGCCUCCAGUGUAAUUUGACUGUCCCACAGUAACAAUGUCCCACAGUAAUCCAGCUAUGCUAGAGUGACAAACAUGUAAAAGUUUUUCAGUGAAUUCUCUUAAAUCUUAAAAAAAAUAACUUGUAUAGCUGAUCAGAGCUAGUUUCACAAUUAUCUGACAAAAAUUGUGUCAGACUGGCUCAUUUAACCUUUGCUUUGUAUAGUCAUUUGAGGAAAUGGGAGAUCUACUUUUGCUUUAGGAGACUUAAAACCUAAUUUUCUGAUUUGAAGCAAACCUUUCUAUCACUUAUUCAAGCAGUUCUUGUCGGUGGAGACUGCAAAUAGCCUAUGUUGGCGAACACUGAGGUAGCAGCACUUUGCUGACAUCAAAAGGAACAAACAGCAACUCUAAAGACGAAUCACAAUACAAUUAGUAAAAUAUUAAUCUCUUUUAUAUCAUUUAGAAUUAAGUGUAGUUGCAGUCAUAAAAUGUCUGCUUUUUUUCUCAAUUUCUCUAAUGUACAUUUCCAUACACUAAAGAAUGCCACUAAUUGAGCACUGGGUGGCUCAGUUGGUAGCACGGGCUAUAGUUCCUUGUCCUGGGUUUGAUUCCUUGUCUUGGAUUAUUUGUUGCAUGUUUUCCCCUUCUCUAUUUGUUCACUUUAUUGUCAAAUUACUGUUUAAAAAUGGUCAUUUGUGCCAAAAAAA